AGUUUGCAGGCUGGCCAAGGAAGUAAAAAAAAAAGUUGCCAGCUAUCUUGAUAGCAAAAGGUGUGCACUAACGAACCGUGUGUGUUGUCUCGAUUCAGGUCCUGUUUGUAAGCAAGGCAACUAGCUAAAUUAGGCGGUACCGUGGGAGCACCUAAUGGUCAAGAUGACGUUAGUUUUUGUCAGCUGUAUUUGAUUGCUGUGAACGUUAACUGAGUUCAGUAGCCUGUCUCACUUCUGUACGGGCAGACCAUCUCUUGUUAAAUAAUUCGUGGUGAAAUUAAUCUGCUGUCGGUAAUUGUACCAAGAAUGGAGACGCCAAGUACAAGUAAAUCCAAACCAGUGUAUCGCACACCGGACGCAUCGCUACAUUCUAUUCCUCAUACAUCCUGGACCCAAAAGCCGAUGAGUGCCUCCUUGAAGGAGAGAUUGAAAAGAACAAGACGGUCCUUUAAGUCCCCGUUCUCUGUGGUUAAACGACUUAAGAUCGAUUCGGAGGAAGAGGACCUAACCGCCUCGAAGGAAGAGAAAAGGGCAACGGUGACCGAGGAAACAGAAGACCCGCAGAUCCGUCCUGAAACGGUCGAUAUCGACGGAAAUCACAACGAGCAAUCUGAUAACGGAAAUGACAGAGCCCAGAGCUCUUGCUCCACAGAGGGAACCGCACAGCCUUCACAGACUGACCUCCUACAGCUUCGGGACACCCUAAAGAAAGAGGUGCAAGAGAAAACGGAGACGCUGCGGAGACUGAACAUGGUGAAGACGUACAGAAAGAAGAAUGACCUGACGCAGCUCCGGUGUCUGAUCGCUAAAUGGAGACGGUGCAGUCAGGCAGCGCUGUUGGAGCUCCAGUCAUGUCUGCUUAUAGACGGCAGGAAGGCCAACCUCUCCCAGCUGAUAGACGACUUCGGUCUGGAGGAUCGCAUGCUGCACUUUGACCGCGAUGAGGAGGACUUCACAGACGAAUGA